UUCAUCUCUGAUCUUCUUGUUCUUCUCUUCUUCUCCUUGAGGUCUCAUUCUUAUAAUUUCGUCCAUAUUUGCACGAAGAUCCAACCUUUUCUUGUUAUUGGGUUUAUGGACGCUAACAAUCCAAGAAAAUCAGGCGAGUAUUGUGAUCGAAUAUCAAAGAGAAGCGAAGAUAUCGACCGUCAAAUUAGUUCUCAGGACCACAUAAGAUCUUACAUAUGCAGUUUCUGCAUGAGAGGGUUCUCCAACGCUCAAGCCUUGGGAGGGCAUAUGAACAUCCACAGAAGAGACAGGGCGAAGCUGAGGCAGCUAUUAGAAGAGAAGGACGACGGCCUCAACGAGCAACAAGAUUCGGUAUGCGAGGAAGCGAAACAAGAUCGAGUUGAUGAUAAAUUAGGGUUUCACCAGAAGGUUGACGCCGCUGAAAAGGUCGUGGAGCUGUCGGAUUUUAUUGGUAUGGCUUCACUGGUGGACGAAAAAAGAUCAAAAGAGCAAAAUAAGGAGGAGUCUUUGCAAGACAUGGCAGAUCAUGGUUCGAGCUCGAGCUAUCGUGAGACGGAGGAAGGAUUGGAUCUUGAACUUCGGUUAGGCCAACGUCUCUAAAAUCACGUCCCACAAAGAUUUAUAUAUUUCAUGUAAUAUAUGCUUUUUAAAAGAAUAUACUCAUUGAGAGAUAUUGAAUAUUAAACGAGCUAAAGAUCGAUAUUUGAAGAUAUGGGGACACGAUCAAGAAGGGUGAAUCUAUCAAGGUAUACGUUAUAUAUUAUAUAGCAUUAUAUUCUGUAAGAGUAUUGAUUGAUAUAUAGUAUUCUCGUGUUUCUUUUUAUUUUCUGUAAAAGUGUACAGACACAUCCGGUUUCGGGCAUCGCAUG